GAAUUCAGAACAGAGACGGACAGUUCUCAGCCCUGGGGGCAAUACACUUGCUGCUCUGAGGGUUUUCAAGAACAUCCAGUGAGAAGGCGAAUUUCUCCACUACACAGAAACACUGUGGACCCCUCAAACCUAACCUAUUUCCCUCUUCAAAGACUCUGGCUGGCCCGUGCGGGCGUGUGGCCUCCUCUGGGCACAUGCUUGUGCCCCUGAGUGGGCUGCUCUGGUGGUGCUGCUGCUGCUGUGGCUGGUACUGCUGUGGAUUGUACGCCCCAGCUCCCCAGAUGUUGCGCCACCAGGGUCUCCUCAAGUGCCGCUGCCGCAUGCUCUUCAAUGACCUGAAGGUUUUCCUACUGCGGCGCCCCCCUCCAGCGCCCCUGCCCAUGCACGGCGACCCCCAACUCCCCGGUUUGGCGGCCAACAAUAACACCCUUCCGGCUCUGCCUGCCGGGGGGUGGGCAGGCUGGAGGGGUCCUCGAGAGGUGAUGGGCAGGGAGACCCCUCCUCUGCCACCUCCACCGCCUUUGCCACCUUCUGUGGAAGAUGACUGGGGUGGUUCAGCCCCAGAGCCACCUGGCUCCCUUCCCAGCAGCAUCUCUUCUGAUGACUUUUUCAAGGAAAAGGCUGAGGAUGGCUACUCACUGGGCAGCAGCUUGGACAGUGGCAUGAGAACCCCACUCUGCCGCAUCUGUUUCCAGGGGCCGGAGCAGGGGGAGCUGCUGAGUCCAUGCCGCUGUGAUGGCUCUGUCAAGUGCACGCACCAGCCGUGCCUCAUCAAGUGGAUCAGCGAGCGGGGCUGCUGGAGCUGCGAGCUGUGCUACUACAAGUACCAUGUCAUCGCCAUAAGCACAAAGAAUCCUCUGCAGUGGCAAGCCAUCUCUCUGACGGUCAUUGAGAAGGUCCAGAUUGCAGCUGCCAUCCUGGGCUCCCUCUUCCUCAUCGCCAGUAUCUCUUGGCUCAUCUGGUCGACCUUCAGUCCCUCAGCUAAAUGGCAGCGCCAAGAUCUCCUCUUCCAGAUCUGCUAUGGGAUGUACGGCUUCAUGGACGUGGUGUGCAUAGGUCUCAUCAUCCACGAGGGACCCUCCGUGUACCGCAUCUUUAAACGGUGGCAAGCUGUCAACCAGCAGUGGAAAGUGCUCAACUACGACAAGACGAAAGACCUGGAGGAGCAAAAGGCAGGAGGCAGGACAAACCCACGGACCUCCUCCUCCACCCAGGCCAACCUCCCUGCCACAGAAGAGGAGACAGCAGCCUCACCUGCCCCUGAGGAAGCCCCAGCCCGGCCUGCCAGCCACCCCUCAGGCACUCUGUCCCAUCACCACUGUGCUUACAGCAUCCUGCACAUCCUGAGUCACUUGAGACCUCAUGAGCAGCGGAGCCCGCAGGGCGGCAGCCGAGAGCUGGUCAUGCGCGUGACAACCGUGUGA